AUGGCCACUCUCGGCGGAGUCCACGAAUCCCAUGCCUCACAGAACAGCCUCGAAACCGAAGACCUCGCUCGCUUCGCCGUCCAAGAUCACAACAACAAGGAGAAUGCUCUGCUUGAAUUCAUGAGGGUGGUGAAGGUGAAGGAGCAAGUGGUUGCUGGCACUCUGCACCAUCUGACGAUCGAGGCAAUCGACGCUGGUACGAAGAAGCUUUACGAAGCCAAAGUCUGGGUGAAGCCUUGGAUGGGGUUUAAGGAAGUGCAGGAGUUCAAGCACACUGGUAAGUGUGAGGAAACGCCGUCGUUUACCCCUUAA